AAAAAAAAAAAAAAAAAAAAAGUACACAUAGGGAGCAAAACGAAAAGGAUAACCCUAAAAUGACAGACAACCAUCUCCUUCCUCCACUUACCCUUUUGAUACCAUCUUGUUUGUUUUAUAAAGCCCUCUCUCUCUUUCUCUUGAUCUCUUUCUUUUCUCUUGUGCUCUCUUUUUUAUUUUGAAAUGAAUAGUACAAAUCCCAAUGUUACGCUUGAUCUGGGUCCGGUGAACCCUGAUACCUAUGAGAUGGCCUCUGAACUCACUUCGUUAACCUGUAUCACCGUAUUGGCCGUUGCUCUGGGAGCAAAGACGUAUGGUGAAAAGUUCAAGACACUUAAUUAUGGUCGUGCUCUUGUUAUCCUUCUUUAUUCGUUAUCUUGGGCAUUUGCUGUCACUUCAGUGGUUGUCGUAUCUACUAAUAACCACAAUAUCAUCUCAUGUACCUUGGGUAUGCUUUCUUGUGAUUUCUUUUAUGCUGGAAGUAAAAUUGUUGCUUAUGCAUGGCUUAUCGAACGUGUUCACUUGGUAACCGCUGUCAAAACGACUCGCUUAAAGACCGCCCAAUACCGUUUCCACAUACUGUUGCUCUGCCCCUACAUUAUUAUCUUUGCAUUAAUGUUAAGCUUUAGAAACAUUUAUCUCGAGGCUGAUGGAACCUGUACGAUUGGUUUACAAGAUGUUGCCAGUAUUCCACUCUUGGUUUAUGAUUUUAUUUUCAAUCUCUAUCUGACAUGGCUCUUUAUGAGACCUUUAACAAACAUUGGUCGCAACACACGUACCGACUGGAAGGUCACUCGACUUUACAAGCUUGCCAGACGUACAUUGGUUGCUUCCAUCAUGUGUCUGUCCAUUUCAUUUCUGAAUGUCUUGCUUGUCGUCUUGACUCAUGGGCAUCAAAGAGGAUUAGUCUGUUUGACCAUGUGUACUGUAGAUGUGACGGUCAACGUGGUUACUGUUCACUGGGUCACCACCAGUGGAUCUUCCAGUAGUGGCAAUGGACGAACCAAGACACACAAUGACGAUCAUAUGACAGCAGAUAUGACAUUUGAUGCUGACGAAGCCAAGCAUCAUGAAAAGUCAAUGAAGUUUGAUGGACCCAUGAUUCAACCUCACAUUGAUGAUGAUGGCACAAGCACCAAGUCUGCUGAAAUAUCCUACAAGAGCGAAAAGCCUAUUAGCAAUUAUUAUAAUUAAUUAAGAGUUUUAUGAUAAUAAAUUAUACAUUUUCUAAUGUUAGAACAAUAUUUUAUAAAUAAGCAAAAAAA